AUGCUGGUCGACCCGGCCAGGCCGCCCCAGAACCUGAAUCUGGAGCGCCGCGAUGGCCACCCUCCUCCGGAACCUAGAGAACCAAUCUCCGGCGACAGCAGGACGUCCCUAGGCCUCGGUGUCACCGGGACUGUCACUGCCAGCUCCCUCGACCCGGAGGCCCAGUGGGCCCCGGCCAGCUGCUCGACCCAACACUACCUCGACCUGGAGGCCAAGAGGGCCCUAGCAGGCUGGUCGACCCAGUACUCCGUCCACCUGGAGUCCAAGUGGGCACCGGCUGGCUGGUCGACCCAGAGCUCCCUCGACCCGGAGGCCAAGAGGGCCCCGGCCGGCUGCUCGACCCACUACUUCCUCCACCUGGAAGCCAAGAGGGCCCGGCGGCUGGUUGACCAGGAGCUCCCUUGA